AUGUCAUUCAGAUUCGGCCAACAUCUCAUCAAGCCCUCUGUGGUGUUUCUCAAAACAGAGCUGUCCUUUGCUCUGGUGAACAGGAAACCUGUGGUACCUGGACAUGUCCUCGUGUGUCCCCUCCGGCCAGUGGAGCGCUUCCGAGACCUGCAUCCCAGUGAAGUGGCCGACCUGUUUCUGGCAGCACAGAGAGUCGGGAUGGCAGUGGAAAAGCAUUUCCAGGGCACCUCUCUCACCUUUUCCGUGCAGGAUGGCCCCGAAGCUGGACAAACUGUGAAGCAUGUUCACAUCCACGUUCUCCCAAGGAAGGCUGGAGACUUUCGCAGGAAUGACAGCAUCUACGAUGAGCUCCAGAAACAUGACAAAGAGAAGGAGGACUCCCCAGCCUUGUGGAGAUCGGAGGAGGAGAUGGCAGCCGAAGCCGCGGCGCUGCGGGGCUACUUUCAGUGA